UAUGCAUAGCCACAUGAGAGACUGACACCAAAGAUACCGACGGGUAGAUGGUGCCGGAAGAUAGAUUCUAGACUGCGGCUUAUCUCGCAGAAGCCCUACAGCUGGGGGUGCUAUAGUGCCUCGGCAUCGGCAUCGGAAUCGGUCUGGAGCCAGACGCUUGAUGAUAGCGGACACGAGAGAAAUCAGUGACAGCAAAGCAGUGUGACUGGCGUAAAGAUGCUUUAGCAUCCUAAGGCGUGCUUAUGGUCGGCUCCCUGUGCUUCGAUAUAAAGAAGCGGAGAUCAUGGGCUCGGUUGGCACUUUUUCUGCAUCCUCUGCAGCGACAAUCGAGAUAAAGGACCCGGACAUUCACAAUGCCGAUCCGCAACAUACACCCAGAUGAUAAUUUCGGUGCGUAUGUUCAAGAUGACCUCGUGCAGAGCAUUCUUCAGCGCCAAUUAGAAGGAUUGCCGUCAAAACCAAAAGGCACCGUGCUCAACUACGUGGGACGACUCGAUUUGCUUCUCCUUGUGAUAAGUAUAGUUUCGGCCACACUUGCUGGUGCACUGAACCCCCUACUCACGAUCAUCUACGGUCUCGUGGUGCGGUCUUUCCAGAGGCAUGCCAAUGGCGAGGAUGAUGGCUCAAAGCUCUCUUCCAAUGUCUCAAAACUCGCGUUGUUCAACGUCUAUGUCGGAAUUGCUGAGUUUGUGCUCAUCUACGUCGCCACAGUGGGCUUCUAUUAUACAGGGGAGCGCAUCACCAGAAACCUACGUCGUGCAUACCUGAGGGCAAUUAUACGGCAAAACAUUGCCUUCUUCGACACGUUGAGUCCCGGAGAAGUGACAGCACGUAUUACCUCGGACAUGAACAUUAUCCAGGAAGGAAUUACAAGCAAGAUAUCAACUUUUCUGACAGCUCUGGCUACUUUCAUCUCGGCCGAGGUGAUUGCGUUCCUGCAGUCCUGGAAGCUAGCCUUGAUGCUAUUCACUACCACUAUACUGAUUGGAGGGGCUGAAUUUCUAGGGGCUAUGUAUGCUAUGAAAUUCAGCCGACGGAGCUCAGCCGCUCUGAAUGAAGGGUCCUCUGUGGUUGAGGAAACCCUAAGCUCUAUGCGGCAUGUUUUUGCGUAUGGAAUACAGGAUGCCAUGCGUGAGCGAUACAUGAGAUAUAUCGAUAUCGGGGAGAGAUGGGGACUUAAAGCGCGGCUGUCGAUAACAUUCAUGAUCGGCGUCAUGAAUUCAGUGCCGUAUCUAAGCUACGCUCUGGCGUUUUGGCAAGGAUCUCGCUACGUUGUCAUGGGGGAUAUGAGCGCCUCAGCGGUGGUCAUUACGACCAUGGCGAUCAUUAUUGGUUCUUUCGCGGUUGGUCGGGUUGCCCCUAGUGCCGAGUCAUUUGUCAAGAGCAUUGUUCAUUCCGGUGCCAUUCUGAAAGCUAUUGCUCGCCAGUCUCCUCUUGACCCACUGGCGACGGAUGGACAAAGCCUACCAAGCGUACAUGGCGACCUUGAAUUGCACGAUGUGAGCUUGGCAUACCCAUCGCGGCAAACUGUGCAGGUCCUCGAUCAGAUAUCGAUGCGCUUCCCAGCAAAUAAAACGACCGCCCUGGUGGGGGCAUCUGGCUGCGGAAAGAGCAGUAUUGUCGGACUCUUGGAGCGUUUCUAUGAGCCGACCGGGGGUUACAUCACCUUGGAUGGUGUCGACCUCACGCUUCUCAACCUGCAUUGGUUACGGCAGCAAAUGUCCUAUGUCGUGCAAGAGCCGGUUUUGUUCAACCGAAGCAUUUUCGACAAUAUCAUGUUGGGAUUAAAAGACCUUGAUACACAUAGGACCAUGCUCGAGGCCAGAGAGCUGGUGCAUGCAGCUGCACGCGUCGCACACGCUCAUGACUUUAUCAUGGCUCUACCGCAAGGCUAUCAUACAGAAGUGGGCACGAAGGGUUUGCAUUUGUCGGGCGGCCAAAGACAGCGUAUAUGUAUUGCAAGGGCGGUUAUCAGCAAUCCCAAGAUCCUGCUACUGGAUGAAGCUACGUCUGCCCUGGACUCAAAGUCCGAAAAGGCCGUCCAGCUGGCCUUGAACUCAGCGGCCAGAGAUCGUACAACUAUUGUCAUCGCUCACAGGUUAUCGACUAUCCGCAAUGCCGACAAUAUUAUCGUCAUGGAUAAGGGCGUUGUCCUUGAGCAAGGGGAACACGAAGAGUUAAUGAGCCUGAAAGGGGUCUAUGCACGUCUCGUGGAAACACAGCAGAUUGACAGUGAGACUGAAGAUGAAACGAUUGAUUUCCGCUCGGACACAGAAACAACUUUGAGCGAUGGCAAGACUGGGCCUAUCCAAGUCUCACCUACCAGCGACUUUGUUUACGACAGCAUAGCCAAUGGCCACGAGCGCCUUCAAGACUCUAGCCCAUCAUUUAGGACGUAUUUUCGGGUUGUAAGCAAGCUCAAUAGAAAAGAAGCACCAUUGAUAUUCGCCGGACUACUACUCUGCGUUCUCACAGGGUUUGUCAUUCCAGCGCAAGCCAUUUCUUUCGCCGAAUCAAUCAGCGCUAUAACCCUUGCACCCGAAGAAUAUCACAAGCUUUUCCAUGAGAUUAAGAGGUGGUCCAUAGUGUUUGCAAUCAUUGCUAUAUUUGCCUUCGUCACUUGGAUAAGUCAAGGGAUCUGCUUCUCCCGGUCUACUGAACGACUCACGCACAACACCAGACACGAAGCCUUUCGGUCCAUCCUUAGCCAGGACAUUGCUUUCUUCGAUGAGAAGAGAAACUCACCUGGCGCCCUGACCUCCUUCGUUUCAACCACGGCUACGGACAUUACCGGUCUCAGUGGACCUAUCAUCGGCUCCAGCCUCACCUUCCUCUCCACCCUGACCAUAUGCAUUACGGUUUCUCUUGUCGUCGGCUGGAAGCUGGCGUUGGUCUGCACAUCCACGAUCCCAUUUGUGGCAGGAUGUGGCUACGUUCGCCUCCGAGUUCUCGCACUAUUCGAUCACAGGGUCCGGAAAACACACGAGGAGGCCGCUAUGUUUGCGAUGGAGAUCAUAACAGCAAUUCGAUCGGUGGCCUCACUUACCCUCGAGCAACACUUCCUGGACGAAUACACUGCCAUUCUCUCCCGCGAGGCUGCUCAAUCCAGGAAGUCGAUCCUCAAAGCCUCAGCCCUGUACGCUGCAUCGCACUCUUUCACCUUCUUCUGUGGUGCUCUGGCCUUCUGGUACGGUGGCACACUCCUUGCAAAGAAUGAAUACACCAUCCUGCAGUUCUACAUUUGCUUCGGCACUUUGAUCUCCGGCGCUCAAAUUGCAGGUGCAGUCGUCUCCUACGCACCAGACAUGAGUAAAGCGCUGCAUGCGGGCCAGGAAAUGUACGGACUGUUCAACCGUACCCAGACGAUCGACGCCAGGGAUGCAACCUGCCAACAGCAUCCCACUCUGCUCACAGACCCCCAUGCCAUUGAGUUCCAGAACGUCAGCUUCAACUACCCCUCCCGACCUUCGCACCCGGUACUCCAGAACUUCUCCCUCACCAUCCAGCCCGGCCAAUUCAUCGCCCUGGUCGGGCCCAGUGGCUCCGGCAAAACCACCGUCCUCCAGCUCCUCGAGCGCUUCUACCGCCCCACCGCCGGGCGGAUCCUGCUCAGCGGCGUCGAUAUCUCGGAGUUGGAUGUUCACGAGUACCGGAAGACGUUUGCCCUGGUCAGCCAAGAACCGAUCCUCUACGACGGCACCAUCCGCGAGAAUCUCCUUCUCUGCGGUGUCGACACACCCACCUCCAUCGACGACCAGGAGAUUGUGAACGUGUGCAAGGAGGCGAAUAUCGACGAUUUUAUUCUCUCUCUUCCCGACGGCCUCAACACCCGCAUCGGCACAGCAGGAACCAUGCUCAGCGGCGGCCAGAAGCAGCGUCUUGCGCUCGCGCGGGCAUUGCUCAGGAACAGCCCCGUACUGCUGCUGGACGAGGCGACAUCGGCGCUGGACAGCGCGGCAGAGCGUCUCGUGCAGGAGGCGCUGGAUCGCGCGGCCGACACCCGAACGACGGUGGCGGUCACGCAUCGGUUGCGGACGGUGCAGCGGGCGGACUUGAUCGUGGUGAUGGAGCAUGGGGCAGUGGUGGAGAGGGGAAGCCAUGCGGAGUUGAUGGCGAGGCGGGGAUUGUAUUGGGAGAUGGUGGGGAUGCAGCGGUUUGAGGUGGGGGUAGUUUAGAUUGUCUGGUAUUUACUCCUCUGGUUGGGGCGGCUGUUGUUGUUGGUUCAAUU